CUCUGUUCACAGAUGGGCACUAUACAACAACAGUCGGUGUUAAAAGGCCGACAAAUUAACAACGCCGGCAAGGAGAAGGAUUUGCUUCAUAAAUUAUUCAGUCAGGCGGCUGCAAAUUAUUCCAACCAACUGGCAAUCCGUUUUGAGGACGACGAGGGACAAGAGUACGCUGUAUCUUACGGCGAGCUGAACGAGCUGACCAACAAAUUGGCCAGAGCGUUACGAAAAUUGGAAAAACCAGAGAAUUCGUCGAAAUCGUUCGUGGCAGUAUGCAUGAAGCCGUCUCAUCGGCUACCAACGCUAUUGAUAGCCAUACUGAAGGCCGGCAUGGCGUAUCUACCUUUGGACGCGGAGUUCCCGAUGGCCAGGGUGAAACACGUUCUGCAAGAAGCGAAACCUUACACAGUGGUGAUCGAGCAAGGAGCGGAUCCGUCUAUUUACGAGGGAACGAACACUAUAACGUACGAGCAACUGUUAAAACAGUCUGAAGUUGAGGAAAAGAAGGAUUUAGAGUACGACGAGAAUCCCGAAACGACUGCUAUAGUUCUGUAUACUUCGGGGAGCACGGGCACGCCUAAAGGAGUGCUUUUACCGCAUGCAACUGUGUUGAACCGAUUGCAAUGGCAAUGGCAAGAGCUACCAUAUGCUAAGGACGAAGAACACUGUAUUUUCAAAACGUCGUUGACGUUUGUGGAUAGCGUAUGUGAAAUCUGGGGGCCAUUGCUGCAAGGGCGAACCCUAGUAGUCAUUCCCAAACAUAUCACUAGAGAUCCAGAGAGGUUUAUUUCAGUAUUGGAGAAACACAAGAACAAGGAUAACACGUUACGUUCACUGAGACUUUGGGUAUGCUCUGGAGAAACGCUGCCAAUUUCACUGGCGGAUCAAUUCUUCGCCACCUUCGAAAAUGGCAAUAAAAUCCUGGCGAAUUUUUACGGCAGCACGGAGAUCAUGGGGGACGUGACUUAUCAUCUUUUGAGCAAUCGGAAGCAACUGCAGAAUGUGGAGAAAGUGCCGAUUGGGAAACCGUUGGACAACUGCGUGAUUUAUAUCGUGAACAAAGAGAUGAGACUGGUACCGCAAGGGGAAGUUGGAGAAUUGAUAGUCGCUGGAAGGAACCUCGCAACAGGUUACAUUCGCGACAACGAAUCACGCAAGUUCCAGGACAAUCCUUAUGCAAUCGAAUUAGAGUACUCGAGAAUUUAUUGCACUGGUGAUUAUGCGAGAAUAUCGAAAGGAGUGAUCGUAUACGAAGGACGCAUGGAUUCACAAAUUAAAGUUAGAGGGCAUCGUGUGGAUCUCACGGAAGUGGAGAAAGCAGUAUCCAGAGGACCUGGUGUUAACGAAGUGGUCGUUCUUUGUUACAAACCCGGCGAAUUGUCUCAGGCAUUGCUUGCUUUUGUAACUAUAACGAACGAUUCGUCCACCUGCACGUUGGAUAUCGAGACGUUCCUUCAAGCUACUCUGCCCGUAUAUAUGUUACCACGAAUUAUCAUCAUGGACAAUAUACCUCUUUUAACAAAUGGGAAGACCGAUCGCCAAACACUAUUAAAGCAGUACGAGUCUUCUAAUCUCAACAAUGAGAACGAGCAGUGCAUGAGCUGCGACUACACCGACGUACCUGAAAAAGACCUCGCGAAGGCGAAAGUUCUGUUUCCGACCGUGGCCUCUGUGAUUGGUGCAGGAGGUCGCGCGGACGUCACUGUCAGCGCGAAUUUCUACGAGCUGGGCGGGAAUUCCUUGAACUCGAUUUACACGGUGACGAAGCUACAGGAUCAAGGUUACGAGAUAGGGAUCACAGAAUUUAUCACGGCGAAGAGUUUGGGCGAGGUGCUCGAUCGAAUGAAAAUCAGCACGGACGACGAGCCUAUUGAGAAUGGUCUUAACGAAGAAGAACACAUCUUUGAGAUGUUGAACGAUUCUCAUAAAGAAGACGUGAUCAAAAUUAUCACAGAAAGUUUCUACAAUAAAGCAGAUUUAGAGCAGUGGUUGAUGCCAGAUAUAACAAAAGAGGACUACAACACAAUGAUGGAAAUACUUUGGGACCCGUUGGUAGAAAAGGACUUGAGUUUCGUAGUGAAAUCGUCGCAAGAUGGCAGAACAAUCGGCGUUGGUUUGAACUUUGAUCUUUGGGACGAGCCCGAGUUAAUUCUCGACUCCAAAUUGAUGAUCGUUUUCGAAUUUCUGGAAUACUUGGAGGCACCCAUUAGAGAACGAAAAUUGCCAAAAGGAAAGGGUCAAAUUAUUCACAACUUCAUGAUGACAACGAGCAGUAAUCUAAAUCCGGCUGAGAACGUAAUCAUGAUGAAAGAGAUGGAAGAAUAUUGUUUGCAACUGGCUAAGAGGAAGGAGUUCGCGGGAAUUUUUACCACAAACACGAGUCCACUGACACAGCAACUCGGAAUAGAUGUGUUUGAGUAUGAAACAAUGCUGACUUACCAAGUGAACAGGUAUAAUGCCCCGGACGGUACGAAACCCUUUGAAAAAGCACCAGACAGUCAAUUGGCAAUUUGCUCGUUGAAAAUGAUCGCUUGAACGUGCCCUAAAAAUCAAUCAGAAAUAUAAACGUCGUGAUUAGAAUUAAUAAGCAUGUAUUUAUAUUGAUAUAACAUCGACUAAUUUAUUGUAAUCGCAUAAGCUACACUAUAUUUGUUAUUAUUUACGAACUAAUCGAUCUGUGAUUGUUUCGUAUUUAGUAUGUGAUUAUUAUAAUUAUCUCAACUUUAGCUUUUAUAACAAACAAUAUUGACACGUAAUAAAUACAGAAUAUGUAUAUACAAGGAAAUGUAAAGGUAAUCGCAUUAUUUACGAAAGAUUGUAAAUAUUUUUGUACAUAGAAUAGAAUAUAUGUAAAAUAGAAUAUAUGUAUAUGCGUGUGAUAGAUUAUUACUGUUACUCGCUGAAUUUUCUACACGAACAUCCCAAUGCAAAUUCGAAUAUUUGGAAAUAUUAUUUAUAUAGUAUGUAUCAGUUGUCAAAAAGUUCAAAUGUCAAAAAUCGAUAGAUUAUAUGAAUCGUAAUAUGAUAUAAGUAGUUGAAUAAAAG